AAUGCCAAAGAAGAAGGAAAAGAAAACUGUCGAGAAACUAAAUGAAGUCCAGAAAAUGCAGAAAAGAGACAGUCCUGCAGAUAAACGCGGCUCUGAUGCAAAAGAUAAUUAUUUAUAUCUGACUCAAAUACGAUAUCUGACCGAGCAGCUGGAGAGAUAUCAGCUGAAAUGUGAGGCACUAGAGAGGCAGAAGAAGGACUUAGACUGUCAGUGCAAUAUCCUGGAGAAGGAGAAGAAGGACGUUGUUGAGUAUCUGAAACGCUCGCUGCUGGAAAAGGAGGACGAGGUGGACGAGCUCACAGAACGUCUGGAGAGUCAGCAGCAGGCCACCUGGCAGGACAGAGACGCCCAGCAGCUGCAGAUUACUGAGCUGAGGAGAGAGCUGCAAGGCCGGAUACAAGACAUCACCUCAGAAAACGAAUCCCUCGCGUCGAGGCUGGCAGCCCUGGAGGAGUUUCAGGAGCAGAGGGAGCAGCUAAUGUCCCACAUGGAGUCCCUGGAGAAGCAACUGGCAAAUCAGAAGGAGGAACAUAAAGUUACCAUCCAUAGCCUGGAGAUGAAAGCCCUGAUGGAUAAGAAGAGGUUAGAGAAGGAGAUGGAGAGCCACGUGGCAGCCAUGGCGGCGGAGGUGCAGCACCUGGUGGAGCAAAAGGUCCCGGAGGCAGCCAGGUCGGCCCUUCAGGAGAACACUGAGGUUAAGAGUCUGAACAGCCAGCUGUCAGAACAGAAUCACUGCCUGAUGGAGGAGAACUUCGCCCUGCGGGAGCGGAAGAGUCAGCUCAGUGUGGAUGUGGAGAACCUGGAGGAGAUGCUCAGAGAGACGUCCCGCCAGAACUGCGUCCACAAGAAGGUGGAGGAGCAGCUCACAGACAAGUGUCAGCAGCUGCAGGCGGAGCUGAAAGGCUUUAAGCAGGAAGUGGAGCAGCUCCACACCGAACACACAGGAGUCCAGGCUGAGGCACUCAGAAAUUUGACCCUGAAUCCAGCUCAGACUUUUCAGGUUGAGCUUGCUCGCAACAAGCUGGCUGGUCCGGGCAUCGCUCCGCCCCACACCGAAACACAAACACACUCUCUCCAGGACGGGAGCAGCCGGGUCCAGCAGCACCCAGGUGCCUCUGCUCAGGAAGCCGACCAGUCAGAAAACAGAUCGCUCCAUAAACCACGGUGCUUCCAACCCAGCCGUCUCACUUCUGACCUCCAGAAACUCCUCUACUAA